CUUCCCCCCUUCUCAGCGCCCCAUAUACCCCGCCACUCCUCACUCCUUCCUUUACCACCGCUCGGCCAGUACUUUUCCAGUGUCGCCUCACCUCGUUAACAUUGCGUCUUGACUGCACUUUGUCCAAGUCGUCAAUGGCUUCCUUUUCCACUUCAACUCACGAUUCUCUCGAUCCUCACGACGACAAAGCAACUCACGAUAUUUCCUCGCCUUCAACCCCCGUCUUCACGUCUAUUAACUGCGCUGUCAUUGCACCCACUCUCUAUUCCAAGACUUCCGCCAAUUGAGAAAAGGCCGUUGAGUAGCUGAAUUCAGACUGUCCUCGCUGCUCUUUUGGAAUCCAUCUGCAAGAUCCAGUCAAUUUGUGGGAGUUUCUGAGAGAGAGCACAGUAACCAUGUCGGGCAAGAGCGAUGGGCAGGGAGAUGACCACUCCGAAUAUUGGAAUCCGACCGAGCAGUCAACGAGCAUGGCACCUCCCUUUAGGUACAAUACCCCGCGCUCCAUCACGCCAAAAGGAACUCUAUUUUCCAACUUAGGGGAGGCGCACCAAGCAAUCACUUCAAGGGUGGUAUCACGGCCGACUGGGAGCCACAUCUCCGACAACUCUCUACCGUCUUCCACAUCCACCGACUCGUUUAUUGUCAAUGUCUCCGGCCCAACCAUCUCAACCAAAAGCCUAUCGAGUGCCCAACAUAUGGAACCCGCCAGACCCAGCCUCUCACAGCGUCAGAGAUGUCUGACGCCCUUCAGAGCCUCUGCAUCUGCAAGCACCGGGUGGGCCGAAACCCCGACCGAGCCCUCUCCGAUUGUUUCUGGCUUCGAAUCAUCCAGCGCUGGUAAUUCCGUCGGAGAUGACCAGAACAAUGGUCCUGGAGAAGAGAACCGAGCCAAUCUAGAUAAUUCCGAAUCCGGCAACUCUAUGGGGGACAUCUACGAUCAGUACUAUACCUCCCCUUCAGCGACUCGAGGACCCAGGGCUGCUGAUGGUGGCCCUCCAAACAACACCCACAUGUACUACUCAGAGGCGGAUCUUGCGAGCCCACGUCCCCAAUCUCCCGACAUUCGGCGAGCAAACACUAGCAUCGGCCCGGGCAACAUUACCUGGCAAAUACAUCACCGGGUCGAUGAAUCUCGUCAGCUGUCUUUGCCUAGCCCACCGCGAGUCCGAGGAAACACAUCACAUUCGGCAAAGGGCUCACAUUCGGCAAAGGACUCUGUCAGUUCUGUGCAGAACUUCAGCCGGCCCGUGCUGUCAUUUCACUCGGCCGCCAACCUUCAAGAGCCUAUGUCAGCCCCUGCCAACCUUACUCGGGCAGGCAGCUUCAAAGGCGAUUCCUCCGAUUCUGCGGCCGGAAACUGUCCGGAUCUUGCCCAGCCCAGCGCCAGUCCUGCCAAAUCCGACUUUGUCAUUUACGGCCGGUUGCCUCCUCCAUCGGACUACGAGAAUAUAAAAGACCGGGGUUACCAGGAGGGCGAUGUUAGCCACGGUGGAAUGUCCAACGGAGUGUCCACCGACUCCGACGAUGACCCGUUCAAAUAUGACCGUGGUUCCUUCACUGUCUUCCUGCAACCUUCGAGGGAGAGAGAAGUCAGUGCCGCACUUCGUUUUGUGAGCACCGAGAGCACGGAAUCGGCCAGCGGUAUUUUCCAGGACUCCUUAUCACCGGAACCCGACACUCCACGUGCCACUCAAAACACCAACCCCUUUCUCAACAGGCUGCAGUCCUACCAAACCACCACUGUUGACUAUGACUGGGAAGGUGGGGAUACCCCCCGGGAGGUCAAGAUCUCUGUUCGCUCUCCGCCUGCCCCCCCAAACUCACCAGUGCAGCCGGCCAUUGGUCUAAGUGAAUUUGUCGAGGGGCUAGGUGGCAGCCGUCGCAGGAAGGAUAUCAACACUCUCAUGAGCGAUAGGGCCGACUGGGAGACUGUUGCUACAAGUGUUGGCCAAUUUGACAGCAACCGGGCUCUGGCCUCCUCCACGGGGUUCAGUGGCAGCCAGUUGGCGAAGGUCACAGGGAGCAGUAUCGCAGACUAUUCCGAUACUAGCAGCAUCCAUGUGCCUCAGUUCUAUGCCUUUUCGUCAUCCACGGAGCAGAUUCUGCAGCCCCCUGCUCCCGAGAGCACCCACAAUACUUUCUACCCUCGGUCACUGAACGAAACCAAACGCCCGGUCUUUCUUCCGAAACCACGCAUUCACCGCGUCAACGGUUAUCUUCAGAAUCCUCACCGAAUGUUCACCGAUACAACUACUGGAAGUAGCGCGAACUCGGCUAGGAGUGCUCUGGUUGAGAAACUUAGUGCCUCAAUUCGGUCUCGCAAUGCCAGGAAGCUCGCACAGCGCCGGGAUCAAUAUUUAAGUCAGCAAUGGUCUAGAUCCAAAUUCGAGUCGCUGGAGUCACUCUCAUCAACUUAUUCAGAGCAACCCGAGGUGGUGGAUAGCACGCCCAUUGCCAGCAGCCCCGAUCAAAAUGGUAUGACACCGAUUCUGAGGCAAGAAAACAAUGCGGGGAUUGUUGUCGAUGGAGGCGGGAGUGAGCAGCAACAUUUGCGGAAUACAAGCAAGGAAUUACCGGCAUCUCCUAUCCCAAGGGAACCCACUGCAGCCCAUCUGAAGAGCCGAAGCGCGGCUCAAUCCCGCCAGUCUCCCCAGAACUUCGACUCGCCAACUCUGUUCGCCUUUCCAUUGAUCAGUUUACAAGAGGCCGCUAGGCGCAAGGCAGUGGGGGGUCAGAACGACGACGAUUGCACCAUCACGAGCGGGUCGAGGACGCAGAAAAACUCCAGCAUGGACGGGUCAAGAGCGACAACCCUAAGAACCACUCCACCCACACCUCAUAUCACAAAGCCCAUUCCCACCCACGCCAGCCGUCCCACGUCUGCCAGCAUUCUAGGUAUCUCGACGAACCGUCGUGGCUACUCCGAUUACUCGCAGGAUCGCGUUGUUUUCGGCCACGACCGCGGCAUCUCCAACGUAACAUCUUACAAAAGCGGAACUCCCCUCGUCCCCGGCAAUUCCGCCCUCUCGCGCUUCUUCCGGCCCCCCUUCGAACCCGUCGCCGACGGCGAUGCCUCCUUCCCAGGGCCGGGAAACCAAUCCGUCUUCGAAACCCCGCCCUGCCUCAUCGCACGCGACCAGCGAAACACCGUCCGCGCCGCCAACCUAACCAUGAGCAACGUCCGCAAGACCAUGAUAGCCGACCUACACCACAUCUCCGCCAUGGAAGCCGGCACCGGCACCGGCACCAGCACAACAGAUAGGGGCGCCCCCCUCGCCUUUUUCUCAUCCGGCAUCAACGACGAUGCGGACGCCGCCGCCUACCUCUCCUGGGAGGCCCGCAAGCGCCGCCAGGCCUACUACUACGCCAUGUGCCUCCUCUGUGUCGUGCCCUUCUUCGCCCUGCUCGUCUACCGCGGCACGUUCAACUCGGCCCUGUCGUGGUACACCCGUGGCGAGACGGGGUCGCUGACGCGUCGCCAGCGCCGGAAUACCAUGGUUAUUGGGAUAGUGUUUUCGGGGGUGUGGCUGGUGGCGCUGGCGGUCUUUGUGACUGUUAUGGUCAACCGGAAGGGGGGCUAGCUACAUAGGUGUUUUGUUGUGCUUUUUGAGGGGGGGUUGGCCCACGUUGGUUGGUGGCUGGGUAUGAAGUAGGC